UAGUGUGAAGUGUGAACCUCUCCUAGCUAGCAGUAGAAUGAAUUGAAUUGGGUCACCUCUCUCAUCUCCAAACAUGGGAGAUAAUAUUCGUCAUCGUUCUUUAUGUAUAUCUUCUGUCUCCUAUUGUUUUUUCUUCUCGACAAGAAAUAAGAUAAUAUCUGAUCAGUAGACUUGUGGGUUAAUCAUGGAGGAGGACCACCACCUCCGGAUUCAUGCCGCCGCCACCGUGAGAGAUGAUAGUGCAUGGAAUGAGGUGCUAAGUUUUCCUUCUGUGAAGUCGCCAGCUUUAACACAAGUCAAAUUCCUUUGUGAUGUCUGACACGGACAUCACCUCAUUCCUGAUAUCACCAUUUUUCUCUCUUUCGCUGUAUUAGAGAUCUCUGAUCAUAUCAUGAUGAAUGGAAGGAUGUAAUACCAACGACCUUAAGAUUCUCUCUUUAAUCCUGUUUCAAUCCCUGAAUUCUUGCUGCUGCUCCUCGUUUAAGCUCCAGUCACCUCACGAAAGAGAAAGGAAUAAAAAGAAGCAAAAGAGUGCUAUAAAAGAGAGAAACAUGGACGAAGAUUUCAAGAACAGAGGGCGUCCGCAGCUGCUUCCGUAUGAGCAAGACUUGGAACUGAGGCUUGGGCUUCCCAGAGGAGAAGACGAGCCUCGAGCCAUUUCAACUUUCAAAGGUCCGAAGCUGAAGCAGCAAGUUGGAUUCCUUCAACUGCAGAGCAUGGAGGUGAAAGAUGAAGCACAUUUCGCAUCUGGAAGUGCAUAUGGUUCCUUGACAAGGACCACCACUGUAUUACUAGUUGGCUGGCCCCCUCUGAGUUCCUUCAGAAAGAACCUAGCUAGGAGCAGCUCACAUAGGCCGCCCAUCGAGUCUGAAAACGAAGAUGUCGCUGUGCCGAAGGUUGAGGAACCGGGCAACAGCAAGAAGAAUUUGCUUGUUAAGAUCAACAUGGACGGCGUCCCGAUUGGAAGGAAAGUAGACUUGAAUGUCCAUGAUAGCUAUGAGAAGCUCUCUUUGGCUGUGGAAGAGCUAUUUGUAGGGCUUCUUGCAGGUAAUCCCCACAGUGAAGGCAAAGCAGCAAAACAGAUGUUUAGGGGCUUGUUAGAUGGUACUGGUGAAUACACUUUGGUUUAUGAAGACAACGAAGGUGACAGAAUGAUUGUUGGGGAUGCUCCUUGGACCAUGUUUUCUUCAGCAAUUAAGAGGUUGAGGGUCAUGAAGACUUCUGAUAUUUCUGCACUGAAAUUUACUUUAAGUCCAUUUGGCGACAUAACCAUCAGAUGAGCAAUAUGCAGAAGGAGAGAAGAGAGUGUUGAGCUUGAUAUUGUUAAAUGAUGUUAGCCAUCUUACAAUGUACUUAGGUGUAAACGAGCCAGCUCGCCUAUUUGGAUCUAGAUUUGAAAAAAAGUUUAUUUUAGUUUAAUUAA